UUACCUUUCUCCAUCCCCCAAUUCGACAGCAAAGACCAGAUGACUUGUGGGCUAUGGCUUCCACUCCAUCCUUUUAUCAUCCAGGUUUGUGAUGAAUUUUGUGUGGGUCUUCCCCAACUCACUCCACACCUGAUAACGGUCCUAAUUGCCUUCAUUGUGAAUUGCCAACUACUAAAUGUCCCUUUGAACAUUGAGGCAUUCACUUUCCUGUUUCAACUCAAACCUCUGGAAGGAACUAGUGCUUGGUACUACAUCUACAAGAGACACUUAGAAUUUGAAGGUUUUGAAGGCAGUAGAAUUAAAUAUGACAAUUCAGUAUUACCUACUUCUCUUCCAACCUUAGGGAAAACUGAUUGGGAAAAAAGAUUUUUCUUCUUGGAGGGCCCAAAGAAUUUUAAUUUCCCUGCAGUUUGGAGGAUUGGUAGGAUCAACACCCUAGAAAUUCUCCUUAAUGCUAAAUCAUACCUUAUCAUUAACAAACUCCUUAACAACAAUUCUAUAAAAGUAGAAGUCUUACUUGAUGAAGGCAAUCUCAUCAGAUCUAAAGUUUGGCACCAUCACCAUGCUUUUUCUACGGUCAUUAUCCUUAAUCUCCCUCCAGACUUUGAGGCUACAAAGAAACCUGAGACUUCCUUUCAAAAGAGCAAAAAAAGGAAAGAAAGCUCUGCAAAAGGUUCUACCAUAAUUGCACUUAAUUUGCUAGAUCACCGUGUGAAAAGAAAUAAGAAUUCAACUGAGGAAGAAGACUUAGUUGCCAUGGAAAUUCCUAAAGCUCAAGACUGCUCAAAGUCUUCAAUGAGGCAAACAGAACAAUCUUCAAAUAUCCUUCUUGUUUUCCCAAAGACAACAACCUGCACUAUAGAAUCUAGAUAUGAUCCGAACAUGAGAGGAAGAACAGUGCUUCGAGAAAGCUCAUUUGCAUACCAGCUAUCAAAGAAUUUCCUCAUAGAGGAAGACAAAAAACACCUGAAAGAAUUUAUAGAAAAGACACGAUGGCAUGAAACUAACCAUUGCCUCGCAAAGGUUAUGGCUUACCACCAAACAUUAAAAGAAGAUUACCUUAAGAAUGAGGAUGCCAGCUUUUACGUAAAGGAGGAGACUACAAAGCUCAAGAACUUAUUCAGUGAUGUUGUCCAGAUAUGUCUUCGACUUGAUGAAGAGAAAAAUGCUGCAGUGCAAAGAUCUGAGCUCAUAUCUGUUGAGCUAGAAAAUUUUAAGAAGCUUUUUGCGAACUCACAUGAAAAUUACCUCUCAAUUAAGAGAGAGAAAGACGAAAUUGAGAAAGUAAUGAAAGCUAACCAUUCUGCCUUGGAGGAAACAAGGAAAAUUGCUCAACUUCUUCAAGAUGAAAAAGAGGGUUACUUGCAUAAAUUAGUUGAGCUCGAACAAUUAGUGACAAAGCUUUCAUCUCAAAACGCGAGUCUUCAAAUGCAGAUCACCAAUACUUCAACUGACACUAUCCAUAAAUUUAAAAGAUUAGAAGAAGGUCAAACUUGGGCUUUGAGUGGUUGCAUAGAUCAUUUUCAUCUUGUUGUAUCCAUCAUGAAAACUCUUAUACUUGAACGAGACUUGCUAAAAGGUGAUCAUAUUCCAAGUAUCCAAGAGUUUAACAUUUUUGAGGAAAUCAAACAAGACCCAGGUUUGAAGAAAAUGUUUGAGGAUAGGGUGAAGAAGAUCUCCAAAGAAUGUUAUUCUGAAAAUGAAGGAAAAGAAUCCAAGGACCAAGAGUGCGAUUCCAGCAACCUUGAAUAUGAGUAUUCCUCUCAAGAUGAAGCUUUUAGCUCUUAGUUUUAUAUUAUUUUUUAGAAUAAAUUUAUUUCCUUGAA